CACUGCUUUCUAUAGUGACCUGGCGAUGGUCGGCGUUUACGGUCUCUGAAUGUUCUUCGACGCUGCCCAUUUGUGGUGCAACUCCAAUACACGAUUUGUUCCUAUUGAUCACUCCACCGCUGUUGCUAGACGAAGCGUUUCGGAUGUUUUCGUAGGGACCCAUCUGCUCGUUAUCAAUCUUUGAUCGUAUGUCUUGAAUGUUGCGGGGUGGAGCUCACGGGGAGCGAGUGGAGUUUGUCUCGUUUUCGGCAAUGUUCGCAAGCUUUGAUGGGCGGGGAUUAGGUGUUGGAGCGCUUUGUGAGAAGAUCUUUGUGGCGCCAAUCAUCACCUUGCUGUGGCCGAACUCCUGAGUGACGAAAGUUGUGGAAAUUCUGAAGUGUUGUGCUAGUUGCGCUGCUCACGAGUUGUGUUUGUAGGGUAAUGUAAUUUGUCUAAAAACCAGCGCUUCGGAUGUGCUCCAGAAAUUUUCAUCAAGGAAUCUGCAUUGGUUGUACUAAGCUGUAGUGGAAUGACCGUUUGUAUCACUUGUAAGGAAGGCUUGGUAUAAGAUAGUGAUUUCUUCUAUGCGGCAAUUAAUCUGUAGAGGUUAUAAGCGAGGAGCAUUGUGUGUGGACACGAGAGAUGGCAUUGGAGGGGGUAAAGGUGACUCAGGAGGUUUGGCUCACAUGCGUCACUCACGCUCUUUCAACCGAAACAGAAGAGAUUAUGGGGCUUCUUCUUGGCGACAUUCAGUACACUUCUAAGGGUGGCGCAGUCGCAUUUGUUUGGGCAGCGGCACCUCAAACUCGCCUAGACCGGCGAAAAGACAGAGUUGAGACGAACCCUGAGCAAUUAGCUGCGGCGACCGCACAGGCGGACAGAAUGACAGCAGCAACUGGGAAAACCACGAGAGUGAUCGGUUGGUACCACUCGCAUCCCCACAUCACUGUUAUGCCGUCUCAUGUGGAUGUGCGGACACAAGGCAUGUACCAAAUGCUUGAUCCAGGUUUUGUGGGUCUUAUCUUUUCCUGUUUCAGUGAGGACUCUAGUAAGGUUGGGAGAAUCCAAGCAAUUGCCUUCCAAUCCCGAGAUGGGCGCAGCUCCAGACCUGUUCCAGUGUGGGGUACUUCCUCUAACGCUAACCCCCCAGCCGCCACUGUUCCUGAUUUUGGUGGUGUCCUAGAAGGCGCGGAUCCUGAAAUGGACCUAGACAUGCAGCUUGCUACAAAGAUGAAUAUGGAACAGCAUGGCUCCAGUGCACCACUUGAAAAUCUAUUUGCAAUAUCUGAUAAUAAGCCUUCCGUUUCUGGAGCUUCAUCCGAUUAUGUAAGAGAGGACGAUGCUUUCACUAUGCAAGAAGCUUUGCACUUGUCAACUUUGGAUAUUAGUGACGCUCAGUAUAUUCGAAAGGAAGUUCCUUUGGAAAUACUGCCUGGCCAUAGCCGCAUGGAAGCUGAGCAUCCUUUGAGCUCCUUAGUGGCUCUUCAGGAAAUACUCUAUGCAGAAGAACAUGCUGCAUAUAAUCAAGCUAUGAAACAGUCUACAAAUGACAGAGGACAAUUACACCCCCUUGCUGCCAUUCACCAUUCUUCAACUUACCAGGCUUCACUCACAAAGCUGUUGGAAUACUGCUUGUGUCCUGUUUCGAUGUCACUCUGGGAUCGGUUGCAGCAAAACAAGCUAAAAUUGAAGUUGCUGAAAGAGGAGGCUGCAGCACUUCAAGCGCUCUAUGCAUCUAGAAGUCCUUCUCAGAGCUCCAAUUCUGCAAAAAAUCCUGUGAGAACUGUGUUGCCAAGUGUCCCGGCUGUAAGUACAGACAGUAGAGCCAUUGUUAGGGGAACCGGAAGAGAGAGAUCUUCAGAGCGGGAGCAUGCUAAAGACUUGAUCACGUUUUGAGAACUGCCAGACUUCCUGAUAAUCUAGCGAAGAUUGUGGGCUUGCUGCGACCAAAUAGUACCAAGGAUUUUAAUUAAAACCCACCAAGUCGGUCUAGUAUAUAAUGUUCAGAUUGGAUAGAAAUUUUCCAUGUGUUUUUUUUUCAAUGUCUGUCAGGUGAUUUGGUAAUCGAGAACCUUUCUUUCUGGCCGCUGCAUCCUAGUAGUGGAAGUGUUACGUGAGAUCUUACGGAUUGUAACUAGUUCCUCUGGUAUUUCUCGAAUCAUAGAGGGAUCUCUGCGAAGGCCAGCGGUAUUAUGACGUUGAGCUUACACAUACGGCAUGUUUGACGGCUGAAAUGCAACGUCUGUUUGUACUUUCUCUUUUAGGAGUUGCCAAAUGACCCAAGUGGAUUCCGCGAAGCAUUGUUACCGUU